GAGUUUUGGUUUUGGUUUUGAUAAUAUAUUUGGUUUCUUCCGUCAUUUGUACAAAUAUUUUAAAAAACAACAACAUUCAUUUGCGAUUAUUUGAUAUUGCUAAAUUACGAAAAACCCUAUCGUUAUGACAUUAUACAUCUUUACUAUGAUUAAUUGAAAAUUCAACAGGAAGUCGUUUAGUGUUACCUCGUGUACGUGUACUAAUGCUACGCCGUUGUGCCACAACGCAAUAUUAAAUUUUUGGUCGUUCAAUUUUUAUUACCGCAUCAACUUUACGAUUCUAAUGGAACAAGGCUUGAAAGAUUUUCCUGAGAGCUCUACACAGUAUAAACUACUUAUGGAAAAUCAGAAUCCAGUGGCUUCAUGCCCUCAGUUGAUCCCUCAAUCCCCUGAAGAAGGUAUUGUUGGAGACUUCUCUCAUAGUUCUUGGCAGAACCAACCACCUCCACAGUACAGUGGUCCAAGCCUUUCACCAAACAUCUCACAACCAAUGUCAGCUAAUACUACCACAGUCGUCUGUCAUCAGAUUACGGCCCAGCAACCCACACCAAUUGCUACAAGAUUUGGAAUUGCCCCUGUGCAGACCAGGUGCCUUGAAUGUGGGAACGUUAUCAUGACCAGUAUAAGCAGGAAAGUAGGAUGUGCUGCAUGUUGUUGGAGUUUUUGGUUGUGUUUAUUUGGUGUUACUUGCCCCAUCUUUUGGGUACCAUGCGUAACAGACACCUGUAAGAGCACCGUUCAUAGAUGUCCAGCUUGUGGAAGUAAAAUUGGUACCCAUACUGGACCCUGUUGUUGUGGUUGUUGCUGAGAGGUCGUUGAUGAAAGCAGCGCAGUGUGAUGGAACAACUUUCUAUAAAUGAUCUGUAGUUUCUGUUAUUUUCGUAAACUCUUAUUACGUUUUGUGCACUUGUUUGCAUUGUUUAAUUAAAGAACAAGCUAAAAGCAGUAUCCUAUACCUGAUAAUGUUUUUUUACUUUUUUGAUGAUUUGAUAACACUGUUUUGAUUUAUUUUCUUUGGUAUGCUGUUUUCAUUUAGUUAUAUAUUCAUUUUAUUUAGUUUUAUAUAAAGUUCAAAAAUAAGCUUUAUUUUUCUUUCGCUUAUUACUUAUUGUUUGAUAAAGAUUUAUCAGCACCAUGUAUUUUGAACCUUACAAAUAUUCCAAACUAUGAAUAGUGAAGUGUUUAAUUAGUAUGUGCUAACCAGUAACGACUGCUCUGGAUGUUUUGAAAAGGAAUAUGUGUUUGCUUAUUUCGCAGUUGGAACAUCAGUUUCUUUUAUAAGUGGUACCAAAUCACUUGUUUGUCACUAAUGCAUCUAUAUAUGCAUCAAAAAAUUAAUUCAGGAAUAAAAAUAAUCUAAUCAACAAACAUUCAGGAUUUAAAUUAUGUUAAUCGUAAGAAAACAAGAAGUGGAAGAACAAAGUAAAACCCCAAAAUUGGCGCUAGUUUAUUCAACUUAAAGCCAAAAAUGAAGAUAUAUAUAUAUAUAUAAAUAAUAAGUGCAAGAUUGAAUUAUAAUAAACUAGCUAAAAACAGCAA